CACAGUUAUUGACCUUUGGAUUAACAAACCGUCCGGCUACGUUUCAAGUUCUACUGUUCUUGUGUAAAUAUGGCACCUCUACAGACAGUCGUUGCUGCCUUGGUGCUAGUAGUUAUUGGUAUCGAUGGAGAGCAUACUAAACUAGAAUGGACCGACUGUGGUACGGAUACAAAUGCCAUUGUCUUGAACAAUGUAGCGAUAUCUCCGAUGCCAAUCGAAGUACCCGGUAAUCUGAGUUUGACCAUUGAUGCUGUUGCCAAGAUAGACAUCAACCGAGCCAAUCUAAAGGUUUCUGUUAAACGUCAUACUUUUAUUGGUGACGUCACUAUACCCUGUCUCUUCCACGUUGGAUCUUGUGAAUACCAGGAUACAUGUACCCUGUUGGACAGAAUGGAGAAGGAGAAUUGGGCUGGUAUAAUGGGCGGUAUUGGAACACAGGUUAAACAAAUGUUACAGUCUAUUGGUAUCACUUCAUUCUGUGGUGUGACUCCUAGAUCUAUCGGCAUUCAAAACUACAACCUAAAACUUCCCCCGAUUCCAGCUAUCCUCACCUUCUUCGCCGAGGGAGACUACACGGCUCAUGUAACUGUAGAAGACGAUGCCACUAAACAACAGAGGAUUUGUCUGGAUUUGAAACUCAGCAUCAAAAAACAUAAAGAUACCACGUGUACCGGUUGGUUUUGUGGCAGGAAAAGACGAAAUGUUCACUACUAGAGUUACCCCCCUUUAUUCUCCGAGAUAUUCGAAGUGAAUAAAAUUUUUAAUUCUA